AAUGAGCGUAGCGUGUGUGUUGAAGAGGAAAGCUGUGCUCUGGCAGGAUUCGUUCAGCCCCCACCUGAGACUGCCUCCCCCUGACAGGCCAUUACCCAGCAUGCCUGUGGUGCUGAGUGCUGCGGGCCACACCCCCCAACCUGGCCCUUCUCCUCAGGCCCCUCCCCCUACACAGGGAGCGGGACGCUCUCAAGAUGACGCCAUGGUGGAUUACUUCUUCCAACGGCAACAUGGCGAGCAGCCCGGCUACAACAAUUGCAAACACCGCUGGCCGACUGGUGACAACAUGCAUGCAGACAACCAGGUACGAUCGAUGGAUGAGCUUAACCAUGACUUCCAGGCACUUGCACUGGAGGGUCGAGCCAUGGGAGAGCAGCUUCUUACAGGGAAGAAGUUUUGGGAAAGCGAUGAUUCAGGGAAAGAUGGACCAAAAGGAAUCUUUCUGGACCAGUGGAGAGACAGCGCUUGGGGAGCCUCUGAUCACUCGGUGUCCCAGCCAAUCAUGGUUCAGCGCCGACCAGGCCAGGGCUUCCAUAGCGUCGGAGAGGCCGGAUCUGUUCUGUCGCCACGUUCUGAGAGUGGUGGAUUAGGCGUCUCCAUGGUGGAGUAUGUUCUUAGCUCCUCUCCUGCUGAGAAAAUGGACUCGUGUCUGCGCAAAGGAGCCUUUGGUCCAAGAGAUUCAGAGGUGGAUGACCCUGAGAAAAGGGUGGAGCAAAAACCCAAAACAACCUUUGACCCUGAGCGGAAUGAACUUCAGGAGCCAGAGCCGGAUGUUUUGGAUAACCCCAAUGGACUGCCCAAUCAGAAUGGACUUGAUGUUGACGUUAAGGAUUUUAG